GCCCUCUUCAAGAGACUGUUCACUCGGCAUGGCACAUUAACUUUAACGCUCACUUUGGAAGGAACCUCUCCACUCGACGUCUCUGGAUUUACAGCACUUGCUUAUUACUUCAAUUUCUCUGCAAUAUUGUUAUUUGGGAGUCGGAGAAUUCACCAGAAACUCAACGCUUUGCGUCGACGCUAAUAUAUAUGUUUCCAUCCCGCACGAUAUAGGGAAACGCUAAACCACUCUAAAUUGAGCAGGUGACAACCUUAAACCGUUCUUGACAAAUGUGUUCCUUCGCUAUGUCACGAUUUAGUCUGUAACUUAAAACGUUUUUCAUUGAACAAACACCAAUAGGCUAUUUAUCACCGCGCAGUAAAAGUACAAAAAUCCCAAGUCGUGUCUAUUAACUACUCUUUCCCCCUGGUUUUGCCUCUGCAAAGAAGUUCAGUGUGCAACAAGGAGGGGUUUGGGGUGGAAAAGACCACACUGUCUGUGACCAUACAUUGUUAUGGAAAUUGCAACAGGUCUCGAUUCAUUGGAGAGACGCUUCUCGGCAAGGAAUCAUUCUGCCUGUUCAAAGAUGCUGGACGGUAUUAAAAUCGAAGAUCAUUUUAGAACGGGAGCGGCCACUUUGGGCGUUAUGAUCGGUGCUGAAUGCCAUCAUCAGGCCGUCUGCGAGGGAUGUCAGCGGCCUAUAUCCGACCGAUUUCUGAUGCGGGUCAACGAAUCGUCGUGGCACGAGGAGUGUUUGCAGUGCGCGGUGUGUCAACAGCCGCUUACCACAACUUGCUACUUCAGAGAUAGGAAACUCUACUGCAAAAUUGACUACCAACAGCUGUUUGCCACCAAGUGCAGUGGUUGCCUGGAGAAUAUAGCUCCUACUGAGUUUGUGAUGCGUGCCCUGGAGUGUGUGUACCACCUGGGCUGUUUCUGCUGCUGCGUGUGCGACAGGCAGCUGUGCAAAGGAGACGAGUUUGUCCUCAAGGAGGGCCAGCUGCUCUGCAAGAGCGACUACGAGAGGGAGAAGGAACUGCUCAGCUCCAUGAGCCCUGAUGCCUCAGAUUCAGAGAAGAGUGAAGCUGAGGAGCUGGACGGGAAGCCCGAGAAGGGCUCUGGGGGCCAGGGGAAGGGCAGUGACGACGGGAAAGACCCUCGCCGUCCCAAACGGCCACGCACCAUCCUGACCACACAGCAGAGGAGAGCCUUCAAGGCGUCCUUCGAGGUGUCCUCCAAACCCUGCCGGAAGGUUAGAGAGACGCUGGCGUCAGAGACAGGCCUUAGUGUCCGUGUUGUCCAAGUGUGGUUCCAGAACCAAAGAGCCAAGAUGAAGAAGCUAGCCCGGAGACAGCAACAACAGCACGAGCAGCAGAACUCCCAAAGGCUAGGCCAAGAAGUGAUGUCGGGUCGGAUGGAGGGCCUGCUGAGCUCCUACACCCCCCUGGGCCCCCCUCAGCAGCAGCAGCUAGUGGCUAUGGAGCAGAACGGAUACGGCACCGACCCCUUCCAGCAUGGACUCACCCCGCCACAGAUGCCCGGAGACCACAUGAACCCAUACGGAAAUGACUCCAUUUUCCACGACAUCGACAGCGACACGUCCCUCACCAGCCUCAGCGACUGUUUCAUGGCGGCGUCCGACAUUGGCUCCCUGCAGGUGCGGGUGGGGAACCCCAUCGACCGUCUCUACUCCAUGCAGAGCUCUUACUUUGCCUCCUGAAAGUCAACCCUGAACCAAAGGGGGUUCGGGAUGGAGGGAUGGAGGGAUGGAGGGAGGGAGGGAUGGAGGGAGGGAGGGAGGGAUGGAGGGAGGGAGGGGUGCGGAUGAGGGGAUACUCCGUACAUAACUGUACAGCCAUAAAACUAACUUUUGCCUCAAGAAAAUAACUGAAGGGAAAAACGGAAAGGUACCACGCAAAAAUAAUCUCCACUGAUUGGCUUGUAGCCAGGAACUAGGAGAGAAGGACAAACUUGAAGACAUAAUUGGACACUUUUCUUUUCCCCGUGUAUGGGAGAAACAGGGGGGAACGUAAACUACAACAUGGUUAAGAACAGUAUUGGAGAAACAGGGGGGAACGUAAACUACAACAUGGUUAAGAACAGUAUUGGAGAAACAGGGGGGAACGUAAACUACAACAUGGUUAAGAACAGUAUUGGAGAAACAGGGAGGACCUUAAACUACAACAUGGUUAAGAACAGUAUUGGAGAAACAGGGAGGACCUUAAACUACAACAUGGAUAAGAACAGUAUUGGAGAAACAGGGAGGACCUUAAACUACAACAUGGUUAAGAACAGUAUUGGAGAAACAGGGAGGACCUUAAACUACAACAUGGAUAAGAACGGUAUUGGAGUGAUUUCUGCAAGAUGUUUGUGAAAAAGAUUAUUAUAAUAAUGUCGUUGCAUCUAUGCUCAGAAGAAUACUUAUUUAAGUCCAUAUUUGUGUAUAUAUAAUGAAAUGGAAAUAUUUGUUUGACCUGAAUUCUAAAAGGGGAAAAUGUGUAUGUAUUAUAGUCCAAGUCACUGAUUUUGAAAUAGUCAGUGAACCAGUAGAGGGACUCAAUAGGCAUUUAGCUGUGUGUCCAAGCUUUAUCACCGGGAACCUUCUCUGAGCAUGUGUCCAAGUGAACCUUUCCUAAAAGCAUAGACUUCAAAAAAAAAAAAAAAAAAAAAU